AUGACAAAAAUAAAAAUAAAAGGGAUUUCUGUAGAUUUUCCAUAUGAACCCUAUGAGUCACAGAAACAAACAAUAGAAAAAAUUUUAACUUGUAUGAUGGAGGGAUCUACUGGAAUGAUAGAAAGUCCUACAGGAACCGGUAAGAGUCUUAGCAUUUUAUGCGCAGUACUUGCAUACAAGGAACAUAUAAAAAGGAAUAACAUACCGCUUCACAAGCCACCUAAAAAACCUCUUUUAGAUGCCGUUGAUGAAUCUAAACAAUCAGAUAUUAACGAGCUUCUUAAUGCUACACAAGAAAAGGCUGAAAAUGAUAAUGAUUUCAAAAUUUUUAUAUGUUCUAGAACACACAAGCAAUUAGAUCAGCUUGUACAACAACUUAAUAAAACCAGAUAUAAACCAAGAAUAUCAAUUUUAGCCAGUCGUAAUCAAUAUUGCAUUCAUCCUAAACUACAAAAUGUUACUGAUAAAGCAUCUGCAUGUUCUGAAUAUAUUAAAAAAAAUCAGUGUAAUUAUGUUAACGGCAAAGAUAGAUUAGCAAAAAGAGUUGGACAAAAUAUUUUUGAUAUUGAAGAAAUUGUACGAGAGGGAAAAAGAUGCGGUGGAUGCCCAUAUUUUGCCGCACGAAAAUUGGCAGAUGAUGCUGAUAUCAUUUUUGCGCCUUAUAAUUAUCUUUUAGAUCGAAAUGUCAGAGGAAAUACUGCGAUUGAACUGUCCAAUUCUAUUAUAAUUAUUGAUGAAGCUCACAAUAUUGAUGAUGUUUGUAGAUCAUCUGGAUCAAUAGAACUUACAUCUAAUAUUAUUGAUAUUAUUGUCAACGAACUUUUAAAUGCUGUAAAAAAGUCAGCAUAUCUUGGUGAAACAAAAGGGGAUUAUCUAAUACUUUUAGAAUUAUUUAGAAAGUUAGUAUUCAAUGUUGAAAAAGUUACAUCUUUUGACAAGACAAAUAAAAACGUUAAAUUAAGAAUACGAAAAGGAAAAAACAUUAAAAACGAACUUAUAGAAAUGACUAUUACGUGUGAAUUUAUGACACAAUUUAAAAAUGCUAUUUAUGGUAUAGAGCAGGUUCAAGAUGGCAAGUCUCUUGUAAGUGUUAGUACAUGGCAUAUAAUUGAAACAUUAGAUUCAAUCCUUAGUCCUCUUCUUUUUUCUGAUUGUGAUGUGUAUUCUUAUGCGUUUAAUAAAUGUGAAAAUGAUUUCCAAGGACGAACUUUUUUUUCAUAUAAUUUUUGGUUAAUGGAUGGUGCGUACGUUUUUUCGCCAUUUGUAAAGCAAGUUAAAGCUCUCAUUCUACUUUCUGGUACAUUAACUCCUUUUGUGUCAUUUUCUAGUGAACUUGGUCAUAAAUUUGCACAUCAGAUAUCUGCUCCACAUUUAAUUAAUGAUAAGCAAGUACUUGUUACAUGUCUUAAAAGAGGACAUUUAAAACAAGAACUGAUUGGAACUUAUAAAAUAGCUGAAAGCUUGGCGUAUUUAGAUCAAAUUGCUAGAGUUGUGUACGAUACGGCCUAUAAAGUACAUGGACAUGGAGGAACGUUAGUUUUUGUGCCAUCUUAUACAUUUCUUGAUAAUUUACAUGCGCGAAUUAAACUUUUAAGGCUUGAUAAUUUAUUUUGCGAGCCAAAAGCAGGUGGUAUAAACGAGUUUGAAAGCAUUUUGAAAAAGUAUCACAAUCGAAUAAAUGAAAAAAAGCCAGUAGUACUGUUAUGUGUGUAUAGAGGCAAAGCAUCAGAAGGUAUUGAUUUUAAAGAUUCGUCAGCCAGAGCAGUUAUUUGUGUAGGAAUACCUUAUCCUAGCCUUGUAGAUCCACAAAUAGAAUUAAAAAAAGAAUUUAAUGAUAAACACAAACAUUUUAAUGGUCGUAGAUGGUAUGAAACACAAGCUUUGAGGGCAGUUAAUCAAGCUGUUGGGCGAGCCAUUCGGCACAAGGACGACUGGGGCAUAAUUAUCAUGCUUGAUAGUAGAUACAGCGAUAAACGAGUAUCUGUUCAAUUAUCAGGAUGGGUAUCGCAAUUUUUAAAAGUACAUAAUGACUAUGAAUCGUGUAUAAAAAGCAUUAAUUUAUUUCUUUCGGAUAAAAGUAAACAAUAA